AUGGAGUUUUCGUGUGUUUCUGAGAUAGAACAUUGCUUAGGAGGAAUAAAACAGUUCUUGAGGUGCCCCAUAUGUUUGGAUGAUGUUCAGAAUCCUGUUGUAACACCAUGCUCUCAUAUUUACUGCAAGUUUUGUAUGGAUAAGCAUUUUGAGAAGAAAAGAAGUGCCAGCUGCCCGCUUUGUAACAAGAAUCUUUCUUCCAGGUCUUUAAAGAGUUCGAGCAAAGUUGUAACUGUAAUCGACUUAUGUAAGAAAGUUAUAUCGACUUAUGAAUCUGAAGCAAAAACUAAACUUGUCUCACGGGACCUUGUAGGUAGCUUGCAUCUCAGUCAGGAGCUGACACAGGUGGAUGUAACUGCUUCAUGUGUCUUACCAAGUAGUAGAAACUCUGAAGAUUUUCAAGUCAGCGGUGAGGAGUCGCACCCUCGACCUCGCAAUCGCAUUCUUUUGGGCACCACGGCACGCACACAACGAACAAAGCAAAUGAACAAGCAGCGCAGUGCUUUACCCUUUGAAGAGGUUCUUACACAGCCAAUGCGCAGUUUGUGUGCCUAUACCGAAGUAAAAGAGCUUAGUUUGCCAAAACAAGAUGUAGAGAACCAUGAUGCGUUCCUCGAUAUAUUUAGUCUUACACAACAAACUCAACCGAUGAUAGAUUCAUUCGAUAGUGGUUCAUUGUUUGCACCAGUUGAAGGUCACACUACUCAAAAAAAUGAAUCAAAACCUAUAUCAAAAUUACUUCGGAAAACUUCGAAAAGGAUUAAGCGUGCUGCAUGUUUGCCGCCUCUCCCACCAGUCACGCGAACAACUGUUUUGACGCGUAACAGUCCAGAAGCUGUUUCUCACAGCUCUCUACCUUCACAUAACUCUGUGUCACUGAAAAGGUCAUCUGAUUCACCGUUCGCGGAUGGGAAAAACAGUAAACAAAGUCGAAGAGAAUCGAAUUGUUCUGUUUUGUCUGGUCAGGGGUUGGUUACGAAAACGCACGAGGUUUUGUGUCAUGUACAACCGUCAGAAAAUUCUCGGCAUUUCUUGCCUAAAUGGGGACGUAGUGUUAGUCGAAGCAGACGUAGGACCAGUGAGAAAACAGUUGAAACUCCUUUGCCUCAUGGUAAGCAAGAAGAUAUAUCCGAUAUUUCACUUAAUAUCGUCCAAGAACACAGUACAACAUCAAACAAAUCUCAAAAUGGUUUCAGCCCAGUAUCGCGUUUAACAAAAGCGGAUUGUCCUAAAGAAACGUGCCAUUUCAUUAUGCCAUUGCGACGUCUGAUUUCUCGUGACUACUUUCAUUCGAAGUCACUACGCUCUCGUCUUCGUUCUUCUCUGCGUCAAAAUGAAGCUGCUGUUUCUCCUAUCAUUCAGGUCAAGUCACCACAUGGUUACUCUGCUUAUAAAUGUGAUUUGGACUCUCCUGAACCUCGUGGACAGCUUAACGGGUCUAACAUUUCUAACACAUCAUAUUCAGCAGUGGAUUCUUGUGAAAUUUACUGUCAGCCUUUACAUUGUAGUGCUUGUGGGGAGACGCUAGUAUUACAUACAGAUAUCAAUAGUGCAAACAUGAUAUCGCCAGGACCUCAGUUUUCGGAAUUGCUACUCCGUCCACCUGUUUCCAUUCUCUCGAGCUCCAUGUCUUCCUCAUAUUGGCAGGCUGAAGACCCAGGAGAUACAAUCUUUACGGAUGCUCAUCUAGAUGCUCUGGUUGAGGUGAAUCGCCGUUACAUAUCAGAAUCUGAUGGAGAUUGUAAUCUAAAGCAUUCUAGUGUAUCUCUUCCCAGAAAUUCCUAUAGAUCGUAUCUCCAAACCGAUUCGAGAGACAAUGCACUUAGUCACUGUGAAGUCCAAUCUGGUGUCAAGGUUCCAAAUUUAGUUGGACCAUCACUAAAACCUUACAACUCACCUACACUACCGUCAAAUAGUUCUUACAGUAAUGCUCAACGAAAUAGAACUGAUGAGUCGGAAAAAAUACAUGGUGAAAACAUAGCGAACAGUGAAUCUCCAACCGAGCAGCACAGUGAUUUCUCUAGGUUUCCUGAUCAUUCUACCUUUUCCACUUUUCAAGGUAGCAGUAGUGAGAUUAUGCCAACCGUGGAUCGUGAGCGUUUGCGUCACGAAUGUGAAGAGUUGGAAGCCGUAGUCGCAGCUUUACAGAAGCAGUUGGAGGCUCAAGCUGAUGAACUCAGUCCUGAAUCAACUGCUGAGAUCCUUAAAUCAGCCUGUACAGAACCUUUAGAUGAUGCUCCUGUUGGCGUAACAUCAUUUACAGAAUGUGUUCCACAGCAGAGUCACAAUGAAAUACGAAUGUUUCCUGGUAGUGAUGUAAAACAUGCCAUAGUGAGCGUCGAAAAGCUUCAAACUCAUGAACCAAUGGCCAUUCAGUCGUCCCAAGAUUGUCUCAGGUUUUAG